AUGUUAGUUAAAGAAGCCAUUCUCGCCAAUCCACCCAACUCCAGAGCUCUACAGCAACACCUCAUUUCCCUUCUUCAAAACCCUAAGAUCACAAAACAAAAACUUACCCAAGUCCACACCCAGAUCAUCAUCAACGGUUUUUCCCAGAAAAAUUACAUCCUAGUUCACCUUCUUUCAUUCUAUGCUACUUCUAGUAAUCUCCUACAGGCGUUUAAACUAUUUCGAUCUAUCGAAAAACCAAGUACUACAGUCUGGAACCAGGUCAUCAGAGGGUGUUCAAGAACUGAAAUCCCUGAAAGAUCACUUGAAUUGUACAAGCAGAUGGUUGCAUUGGGGGCAAUUCCUGAUGGGUUUACUUAUUCGUAUGUUUUGAGUGCUUGCACGAGGUCGGGGAUGUUGAGAGAAGGGGAACAGAUUCAUGGGAGAGUUUUGGUUGAUGGGUAUUUCUCCAAUGUGUUUGUGAGAACAAAUUUGAUUAAUUUAUAUGGAAUGGUUGGGGUCGGCGAUGGCAUCGUACAUGCGCGUAAACUGUUUGAUGAAAUGGCGGAGAGAAAUGCUGUGAGUUGGAAUUCGUUGUUAGCUGGGUAUAUUAGGUGUGGGGACGUUGAUACGGCGAGGAGAGUUUUUGAUGAGAUACCGGAUAAGAAUGUGGUGUCGUGGACAACAAUGAUUACCGGGUUUGCUAGGAAUGGGAAGUGUAAGCAAGCUUUGUCUUUUUUUAAACAGAUGAGGAGAGCACGUGUGGAACUGGAUCAGGUAGCGUUGGUGGCGGCAUUAUCAGCUUGUGCUGAAUUGGGUGAUUUGGAAAUGGGGAAAUGGAUUCACUCCUACAUAAAAAAGACGUCUCAAUUUCGAAACCAACAACUGUUGGUGUCUUUGAACAAUGCACUUAUUCACAUGUAUGCUAGUUGUGCUUUGAUUGAGGAAGCUUACGAAGUACUUCGAUGCAUGCCAGAAAGAAGUACGGUUUCUUGGACAAGCAUGAUCACGGGAUUAGCAAAACACGGUUUUGCGCAAGAAGCUAUUACUGUGUUUGAAUGUAUGCUAAGCUUAGGGGAGAGAGAAGUCAAGCCUGAUGAAAUAACCUACAUUGGAGUUCUCUUUGCUUGUAGUCAUGCCGGAUUUGUCAAGGAGGGUCAGCAUUAUUUUACUCAAAUGACUACACAUUGGAGAAUUAAGCCCAGGAUUGAGCACUAUUGCUGUAUGAUUGAUCUGUUCAGCCGUGCUGGUUUCUUUGAUGAAGCAUUGAAUCUUAUUGAAACCAUGCCUUUAACACCUAAUGAUGCAGUAUGGGGUGCCCUACUUGGCGGCUGUAGGAUUCACAAGAACGUUGAACUUGCCUCUCAAGUGGCUCAAAAAUUUGAUGUCGAGCUUGAUCCCAACAAUGCUGCCGGAUAUCUUGUGUUGUUGUCAAAUGUGUAUGCUACGGCCAAGAGGUGGCAGGAUGUUGCUAAUGUGAGACAGAAAAUGAUCGAAUCGGGUGUGAAAAAGCCUGCAGGUCGGAGUCGGGUUCAAAUUGAUGGAGUUAUUCAUGAUUUCCAGGCAGGCGACUACACCAGCAGACACACAUCUUCAAUCAAUGAUAUCCUUUGGCAAGUUACUAGACAGGCAAAGCAACAAGGGUACGAGUUAGACAUAUUCGAAGCAAUGUCAGUUGUCGAGUAA